AUGAUUUCCGCAGCCACAGGCGCAAUGGCGUUGCUGAUGGUUACUCUCGUCAAAGAUCAUGUUGCAAAACUGAUGCGCUUUGUUUCACAGUCUGUCGUCUAUGGUUUUGUCAAUGCAUUGGCUAUUCUCAUCUUUGUGGCGCAGAUUCCUGAAUUACAACGUAUGGAUCUGACGGCUUAUCUAUUUGUCGCCUUUGGCUUAGGGGUGGUUUAUCUUUUCCCCUAUAUUCCCAAAAUUGGUCAACUCAUUCCCUCACCAUUGGUGUGCAUUAUUGUACUGAGUUUAGCAGCCUUAUUUUUGGGUGCAGAUAUGCGUACAGUUAGUGAUUUAGGAAAAUUUCCAGACAAUUUACCGCUGUUUUUAAUUCCAGACAUUCCACUUAACUUGGAUACCUUAAAAAUUAUUUUUCCUUAUGCCAUCACCUUGGCCACCGUGGGUUUACUCGAAACCAUGAUGACAACCACGAUUGUUAAUGAAGUGACCCAAACGGAAGGCGAUCGUCAUAAAGAAUGCCGUGGACAAGGCAUUGCCAAUAUGGUCAGUGGGUUUAUGGGGGAAUGGCUGUCUUAUAUUCCAAUGGCUGCACUGGUGGCAAUUAUGAUUAUGGUGGCUUUUACUACAUUCAACUGGGACUCAGUCAAAAACUUUUCAAAACAUCCCAAACAAAGCAAUAGCGUGAUGCUUGCGGUGGUGAUUUACGUUUUGCCCAAAGUUUAG